AUGGAGGGCUUGACAGGCGGGGCCAUGCUGGCGAUGGUUUCCACAGCAAUGCUUCCGGAAGCAUUCAAAGGUGCUGGAGACAAAGCCGGGCUGCUGUUUGUCUUGGGUUUCGGCCUUUCCGUGUGGAUUACCUGCCUGGGCUACCGCUUCGGUAGUCCACAGCAGAUGGCAGUGGAGGUCUUCUGA